AUGGUUGUUGAGCGAAAUUCGACUUCGGCACCAGCCGAACAGCCAGUCAACCACGCACCCAACGUGACUGAGGAGCAACAACUGCAACUGCAUGAGCAGGCCCCAGAGAAGGCGGGGUCAAGCCGUUUCGAGACAUUCUUCAGCUUCUUCAACCUCUUAUUCUAUGCCGAACCAACAUGGAUCGACAUUACGCUAUUCGUCGUGGGCGGCAUCACGGCCGCUGCUGCCGGCGUGCCUUUCCCCUUGAUGGGAAUUCUAUUCGGCCAACUGAUCGACGACAUGAACGGUGCGACGUGUACCAGUGGAAUAGGAGAUGCCGACGUGUACAUGCACGCUGUCGAUGACAAGGUCUUGCAGCUCGUGUACAUCAGCAUCGGUGCCUUUGUCUUGAUAUACAGCUAUACCACGGCUUGGAGCAUGCUAAGCCAGAGACUGGCACAGCGCUUGCGGGAGAAAUACUUCCAGAGCUUGCUCAGGCAGGAGGCCGGUUCCUUUGAGAAUCGACAAGCAGGCGAGGUUUCAUCGCGUUUGAACUCGGAUAUCCAAACCAUUCAGACUGGAACGUCUGAGAAGGUCGGAAUCUUCAUUGCCACCAUUUCGUUCUUCAUCACCGCCUAUGUCAUUGGCUUCAUCAAGUAUGCGAAGCUGGCAGGAAUGCUGGUUUCCCUUAUACCGGCGUUCCUGCUCAUGUCCAUCAUCUGCGGAGGGCUCGUCCAGAGAUGGACAGGAACUAUGUCGGAUGGUAUUGCGAAGGCCUCGUCCAUUGCAUCUGAGGCACUGUCCCAUGUUGCCGUCGUUCAGGCUUUCGGAGCUGGACCCCGCCUGGAGGCCAAGUUCUCUUCGCAUAUGCUUGUUGCCCAGAAGGAGGGCAUCAAGAAGGCUGUUGCUGCCGCUACUCAAGCUGGAUUCUUGUACUUCCUGGCCUACUCUGCCAACGCUCUUGCCUACUGGCAAGGAAGCAAGGCCAUCUCCGAGUCCGUCGCUGGAAGAGGUGACGGUACAUCGGUGGGCGACAUCUACACUGUCGUGUUUCUCAUUGUUGAUGCUUGCAUCAUGCUCGGCACCAUCGCACCCCUCUUGCCCCUUUUCGGAUCGGCCUCUGCGGCAUUUGUCAAGCUCCGAAAGGACAUUGAAUUCCGUUCUGCCAUCGACUCUGUUACCGAAGAAGGCGAGAGACUGCCUUCGACUAUUGAAGGCUCAGUCGAACUGAGCGGCGUGACUUUUGCCUAUCCCUCCCGACCUGAUCAAGAUGUGCUCAAGAACGUAUCUCUUGUCUGCCCUGGCGGCAAAUACACCGCCAUCGUUGGCCUCUCGGGAAGUGGCAAGUCAACCAUCGCAGGCUUGACCACGAGAUUGUACGACCCCAAGGACGGCACUGUUCUCCUGGAUGGUCGAGACAUUCAGAAUUUGAACGUGAGAAACGUGCGCAGCUAUAUUAGUCUGGUCCAGCAAGAACCAUCACUCCUCGACCGAUCCGUUCUCGAAAAUAUCGCUCUCGGCCUCGUCAACUCUCCAAAGGAGGAACACCAAUGGCUCAAAGAUACCCUCUACGGACCUCAGCUUGAACAGCUUGCGGAAGAUCUGCAAGGAGGAGCCGAGCUCGACGUUGCAGCCCAGGAAUAUGGCUCCGAGGUAGUCGAGAUCGCCAAGCUCGUACAGUACGCCGCUGAUCUUGCCGACGCAACUUCCUUCAUCGACCGUCUGAGGUAUGGCUUCGGAACACCCGUCGGCACCGGCGGCAAGUUGGUUAGCGGUGGUCAGAGACAGAGAGUAGCUCUUGCACGGGCUCUCAUCCGCGAUCCUAAGAUUCUCAUUCUCGAUGAAGCGACCGCAGCCUUGGAUUCAGCCAGCGAACAUCGAAUUCAACAGGCCGUAGAGAGCGUCUCCAAAGGUCGCACCCUGAUUUCCAUCGCUCAUCGCCUGUCUACUAUCAAGAAUGCCGAUAACAUCAUCGUCAUGAAUGCCGGAAACAUCGUUGAGCAAGGCACCCACGCCGAUCUUAUCAGUCGUAACGGAGCCUACGCCAACCUAGUCAACCUCCAAAACAUUCACACAGCCGAAGAGGACGUAGCCCCAUCUCGUGCCAGCACAGCUGUUGAGUCUCUUGACUCCAGAAAUACCAUUGAAAUCGAGAAGGGCAGCGUUGACCCAACAGACCUCGCCAAAGCCAUCACAGAAGCCGAAGGAAAUGGCACCAAGGAGAAGCCCAAAAAGACGGCGGCAGAGGAACUCCAAGCUAGCGGACUCGACAGCAAUAAGUCAGCCUGGCAAGUGAUUAGGCAGGUCGGACCCAUGGUUCGUCCCCAUAUCCUCUGGCUUGUUCUCGCUCUUGUUGCCGCCUUCAUCGUGGGCUGCACAUACAGUGGUUCUGGAACAGUCUUUGGAUACGCCAUCGGCUCAGCGAGUCCCUGCAACACGCCCAGCUUCAUUUCCAGCAAAGGCGCCUUCUACGCCGGCCUCUUCUUCAUGAUCGCCUGCGUGGAGCUCUUCGCCAACCUGGCCAGCUGGUCCGCCUUUGGAUAUCUCGCUGAGAAGCUGCUUUACAGGAUCCGGGUGCUUUCCUUCCGAUCCCUUUUCCAGCAGGAACUCGAGUGGCAUCAAUCUGAGAAUCGCAACCCUGCAACCCUCUUAUCUGUCAUCACGAAAGAUGCGGCUGCCAUCGGAGGCUUCAGUGGAUCCAUCAUGGGCACGAUAUUUGCCGUGGUCGUCAACCUCCUGGUCGCAAUUAUUUACUCUCAUAUUCUCGCGUGGCGAAUUGCAAUCGUGUGCCUCGUGAUUCUACCCAUUCUCCUCGGCUCAGGAAUAAUGCAAAUCAGGGUCCUCUCGCGGUUCGAGGAGAAGCAUGCUGGCGCGUACGCCCAGGCUGUCGGUAUCACCGUCGAGUCCGUCAACUCUAUCAAGACCGUGGCCACCCUGUCGCUUGAACACGAGGUGCUGGGCCAGUACAAGCGUGCUCUCAAGGGCCCGAAGAGGGAGAUCAUCUCGGCCAGCGCCAUCGCUAACAUCUGGCUCGCUAUCGCAAACAGCACAGGCAACAUCAUCUAUGCGUUUGCAUACUGGUGGGGCUCAAAGCAGAUUGUCGAAGGCCGCGCGACCCAAACACAGUUCCUGAUCAUCCUCGUCGCGAUGCUCGUGGGAGCACAGCUCUGGGGACAGAUGUUCAGUCUUGCGCCCGAAGUGACGCGCGCUCGCAUGGCCGCCUCGAGAAUCUUCAGCCUCCUCGAUCUGGAUAAGUCGGAAACCGACCCGUCAAGCAAGACCGAAUGUUCCAAGGGGAAGGAGAAGGACGUUGAAGCCCUCGCCAACCCCUCGCCACGCCCGUCGCUGGGGAAGGGAGGCGUGUCCAUCACCCUCAGGAACGUAUCCUUUUCCUAUCCCGCCCGCCCCGAAGUCCAGAUCCUCGAUAACAUGAGCUUCACGAUCCAACCAGGACAGUUCUGCGGCCUCGUGGGUCCCUCAGGUUCAGGCAAAUCAACCGUCAUGUCGAUCGUGCAACGGAUGUACACUCCCUCAAGCGGUACGGUUGAGAUAGAUGGUCAGGACAUCUCAAAAUUUACUACGACCUCCUUCCGCGACGACAUCGCCGUCGUUCCCCAAGACAGCGCCCUAUUCGACGGCUCCGUAAAGUUCAACGUCUCCCUCGGCGCCCGCCCCGGCCAAGACGCCUCCGACGCCGAGAUAACCGAGGCCUGUCGCCUGGCAAAUAUUCACGAAACCAUCGUCGCCCUCCCGCAUGGUUACGACACCGAGUGCGGCCCCAACGGCUCCCAGCUCUCGGGUGGCCAGCGGCAGCGCAUCGCUAUCGCGAGGGCGCUGGUACGGAAGCCCCGCCUGCUGCUCCUGGACGAGAGCACGAGCGCGCUCGACGCCGAGAGCGAGAAGGCGCUGCAGGAGGGCCUGGAGCGCGCGGCCCGCGGCAUCACCGUCAUCGCCAUCGCCCACAGGCUGCACACGGUUCGCAAGGCGGACGUCAUCUUCGUCGUGGAGGCGGGUGCCGUUGCCGCCAAGGGUCGGCACGAGGAGCUGAUGGAGAAGAGCGAGAGCUAUCGUCUCAACGCCAUGCAGCAGAUGCUUGGCCACUGA